AACUUCAAGUGACUUUGUAGUGUGGCGUGUGGCAUUUCCCUGGGCGAUUUUUGCUGGUAGUGUGUGGUGACCCUGGAAAUACAUUUCAUUUUUACGAGUCUUUAUUUCGUGUUUAAUAUUUUUUUUUGCCAUGAAAUAUUUCGUCCGCGUAUUCCAUUAUAGUCACAAUUAAAUAUAAUAACGUAACAAUAAUAAAACGUUCUGGUUGAAACGUGAAAUAUCGUUGGGCGUGUGCAACAUUAUAAUCACAAACACGCCUAACCGAUAUACCCUUUCAUUCUCUCUUGUCGUCGAAGUCGUCGUCGUCGUCGUUGUGGUGUAUAUGGCUUUGGAAAGUUUCGAUUUCACAAGCAUAUGACGUGCAUCGCGAGUCAUUAUACGGAAAAGGAGCGAAAUUUGCCCGUCGUUUACCAGGCAAAUGAAGGUGGCAGAUAAUGACAGACGAUGAAGCCACCCUGGACUCAAUGGACACGGAGGAAGAUAUUUUCAGCCCUCGCGGGCGCAGGAACAGUGGCCCAAAUGCACGAAGAACAAAAAGCCUUCGCACACUGCGAUCUCACGCCUCAACAAGUCCACAUAUUGCCGCAAGACAUAAUCUCAGCGUUCGGCGUAGUACACGCAACAGAAUGCAGACCUACGAUAAUCUCAACACUAGUUGGAUUCUAGGAACCCAAACAUUGAAGGGAUAUCCAAUGUUCCCGCAAAAUGGAUCGUCAUCGGAGAAAGAAAUGGUGGACGAUGUCCCGGAACGUAAACGUGAUCUCAGAGAUCGAAUGCCGCUUAGAUCGAGGGAGAAUCAUCAGUCGAAGGUUACGACUCGUCAUAUUCGUGAUCGAGCGGAACACGACAGACCAAUUCGUGAAUUGCGCGAAAGACCGGAGCGCGAACAUAAUGAGAGAGCGAAUCACGAUCAUAAAACCAGAUCGGAAAGAGAGAAAAAUAUUCGCGACAUAAAGGAGCGUAACGAGAGGGAAAUUAAGGUGAAAUCUGAAGUGCACGAUAAGUCCGAUGUUAGAACAACGAAUAAUGAGGAAAAGGACACCAGAACACGCAAGUCUGACAGUCCUGGAAGAUUGAGAGAAGGGCCUAUUACUAGACAUUCCGGUAGUUCACUUAAAGAUAAAGCCAAGGCAGAAGAGAACGAAGCUGAUGAGGAGAGUUCGCAUGAAAGUGAAAAGGCCGGGAAUAAUUCCGAUAAUGGACCGGGUUACACGGAUAUGUAUACUCGGGUUAAGAGAACAAGACGAACGUCGCAACGACAAUUGUCGAGAAGUAAAAAAUUAGCAGUUGAGGACAGUGAUAUGAGCGAGUCAACGGACACACCAGGUCCACGAAAAUAUAGCUUACGUCAGAAAAAGCCAACAGUUGACAGAUUCCAGGCAAAUGUCGAACCAGUUCGCCGAUCGAUUCGCGCCUUAAGAAGCGUUCUCAGUAAUUCGAUACGGCGUCGUAAGCAUCGAAGCAAGAGUUCGAGUUCAAGUGACUCGACCGACUCCGAACCCCAGAGAUACGACAAGAAGAAGAGCAAAAAAGCGAGACAAAAUAUUAUACAACAAGGAGGACCACAAGAUCGAAAGGCGGACAUCAGUCCAAUAACAUUGGACACGAAUAUUAGUUUUUCCGAUGUCGGUGGAUUGGAAUCGCAUAUUCAUUGUCUCAAGGAAAUGGUCGUAUUUCCAAUGAUGUAUCCCGAUGUUUUCGAACGAUUUCACAUAACACCGCCAAAGGGUGUGUUGUUUCAUGGACCGCCAGGCACUGGAAAGACAUUGAUAGCGCGCGCUUUAGCAAAUGAAUGCAGUCAGGCCAAUAGGAAGGUGGCAUUUUUUAUGCGCAAGGGCGCUGAUUGUCUAUCGAAAUGGGUCGGCGAGUCGGAACGUCAGCUACGUUUACUUUUCGAGCAAGCGCAACAAAUGAAACCAUCAAUUAUUUUCUUCGAUGAAAUUGACGGCCUCGCACCUGUUCGAAGUACAAAACAAGAUCAGAUUCAUGCCAGUAUUGUAUCGACACUACUUGCACUUAUGGAUGGCCUCAGCGAUCGGGGAGAGGUGAUAGUUAUAGGGGCCACUAAUAGAAUAGACGCAAUUGAUCCUGCAUUGAGACGUCCAGGACGUUUUGAUCGUGAACUUUUCUUCCCGCAUCCGGCAAUGAAGGAGAGACUUGAAAUUUUAAGGAUACACGUGAAAAAGUGGCAAAAUCAACCGGGCGAUCAUCUUCUCGAGGCGUUAGCGGAAAAAUCGACGGGCUAUUGCGGCUCGGAUUUACGUGCUCUUUGCACUGAGGCGGUGAUACAGGGUUUAAAGAGGACAUAUCCUCAGAUUUAUUUGUCGAGCAAUCGUCUUCUCCUCGAUCCAGAGCGUGUGGAGGUGAAAAAGAAAGACUUCAUAAAGGCGAGUUCACUUCUCGUUCCGUCCUCUCAUAGAGUGACGCCAUGUGCAGGAAGAAAACUUCAGGCGUUCAUGGAACCUCUUCUUGGACCAACGCUCUCUCAACUAGUUGACGUAGUGAAGGGAAUAUUUCCACAGGGCAUUAAUCCAGCUUUGGCGAAAGUGAAAGUAGCAAGAGGAGUUCACAGGCCACGACUCUUGAUAUCCGGUGGACCGAUGGCGCAAAGUCAGAGUCCUCGACUCGCCCAGGCCUUAAUCUAUCGAAUGGAGCAUGUACCAGUGCAAACAUUGGAUGUGAGCGCACUUUUCGCCGAGAGUGCACGCUCACCGGAGGAAGCGUGCGUUCAAGUGUUCAAUGAGGCCUCACGAAACGUACCGUCCAUUAUUUACAUAAGAUCAAUCGACCAAUGGUGGCCUCUCGUACCGGAAACAGUGAAAGCCGUUUUUCUCUGUCGCAUCGCAUCCCUCGAUCCACCAUUGCCAAUUUUAAUUCUCGCCACCAGUGAUUCAUCCUACAAUGAACUUCCCGAUCAACUCAAGAAUUUAUUCAGUGAACUACGUGGCGAAGUUCAUUCAAUGAAUUCGCCCACUGAGGAGCAAAGAUUUGUCUUCUUCAAGCAUAUAUUCCUCGUGCAGAGUUUAAAACCACCGCACGUGAAACUCGAUAAGCCGCGUGUCCUCGAGGAAUUGCCAAUUGCUCCCGAGCCAAUGCCAAAGAAACUCUCUGAGGAGGAGAAGAAACUUCUUCGCGAUAAAGAAGAAAUUUCAUUGCGUGAAUUGAGGAUAUUUUUGAGGGAAAUUUGUGCCAAACUCGCGAGAAAUAGACAAUUUUUUAUGUUUACGAAACCGGUGGACACGGACGAGGUGCCGGAUUAUAAUACGAUUAUUGAAGAGCCAAUGGAUUUGGAAACGAUGAUGACAAAAAUUGAUAUGCACUCUUAUCUUUGUGCUCGUGAUUUUCUCGAUGAUAUUGAUUUAAUUUGUCGGAAUGCUCUUGAAUACAAUCCUGACAGAGAUCCAGCGGAUAAACUUAUAAGGCAUCGAGCUUGUUCACUUCGUGAUAAUGCUUACGCCCUGAUAAAAGCCGAAUUGGAUUCGGAUUUUGAGGAUAAAUGUCGAGAGAUAUCGAAGAAUAGAAAAGUCGUCAAAGUAGUGAAUGUGAUAAAGGACGGUAAGAGUUCGAAAGUUGAUGCAACACCUGCUAAUGAAAAGAGUGAGAAGAAAGACGCCACUCCAUCGAGCGGUUCAUUGGUUGUUAAUGGGAGGAAAUUUUCGAGCUCGAGAAAAAGACGAAUACCCGCCUGGGCACGUGGUUACGUGAAAAAGGCCCACAAGAAGAAGAAAAUUGCCUUCGAGGACAGUCCGUGCGAACCAAAUACACUUAAAACACCUAAUGGCGAGACAACCGGAAUCGAUCUCGAGAAAUUCCAGGAAUUCGAAACGGAAGCGCAAAAUGUACUUAAUGGACACGUGAAUAUUUAUGAGAAUUCAGAAUCGGAAGUGGAAUCGCAAAAUGAAAAUUCCAAGGACACACCUAAGAGCAUUAGCGAAAUAAAUAAUAGUAAAUCGGAGAAUAUGGAAGUUUCGAUUGAGGAGGAAAAAACGAAUGAUAAAAUUGAUGAGAAUGUGAGUUCAAAUUCAUCGUCGAGACGAGAGAGUAUUGAUGAUUUGUCAUUUGCUAUUGAGAGCGAUUCUAGUCUGACUAAUGUUGAAACAAAUGAGAAGAUUUUAGUUGACAAGAAUGAACUCGAGAAUGCAUUACAGCACACGGUACGAGUUACUAAAGACUUACCAAUUGAAGUCUUGUGCGAUAUUUAUGUGCAACUCAGCAGAUGCGUUGGAAGGUACGCUCGUGUCUACGACAGAAAAUCACUGCCAAAGGAUUUGCUCAAGGAACUACUACGAUUCGAGAGCUAUAAGGUGGACAAAGAAGUGAGGAGGGACAGUGAGAGCACGGAGGACCCUCUGUAAAUUAUUUGCCUUUGGAAACCAAGAACGUGGUAACCGAUUCGUUUUACGUAGUCUUAGGCCAUUAAUUAAAUGAACGGAGAAAAAAAGAAACGAAAACUCGUUCAUAACUCGCAACGACUGCCAAUUUUUACCUUAAAAAGAAAAAAAAAAUAACUGACAUUAAUGUCAAAUUAACUGUUAAUAAUCUACAAUUCAGUCAGUGUAAAUUAUUGUUGUAAACUGCGCGAAUUGAUUGGUCGUGAAUUUUUUUUUUUUCUUUAUCAUUGAUUACAUUUUUUUUAUAUUUUAUAUAUAUAAUCCUGUGGUCGAUGUUACGUUUAAAAGAGAAAAGAUAAACCAAAACAUAAACCACGUGUACAGUAUUUUAUUCGAGACAGGAAAAUGAACAAUGAAAUUCACGUGAGACAAUUUACUGAAACAAGAGACAAAAAGUAUGAAACACCUCCCAUAAAGUUACCUUAAAAAAAGAGGCAAAAAAUUAGAACGUUUUGGCAUUUUUAUAAAAUAGGAAAAAGAAGAAUUUUUUUUAGAGAGUAUUUAAAAAUUUUCUUAAAUUGUAAACAUGUGCAGAUCUAGAUUAUAAAGAAAGGCAAAGAUUCUCUACUUUCGACGAAGAAUAAAAAAAAGCGUUAGUUUUACUAAACGUUGAAUUUUUUUUUAAAUAUUAAUAUUAGUCACGUUUUUUUUUAAAGCGAUUGCUAUUUGAACAUUCCAUUAAUUCAAUCAAAUUCAAUAAAAAAAACAACUUUCUGUAA